GAGGAGCAGAAGGACGAUAAAGAUGGCGGCCAUCAACUAGCUGAGGACGCACGGACGGGGACAGUGAGGAGAAGAUCUGGACCCGUUUCCCUGAUUGUCCGGGGGAGUCGUGAUGGAGGGGCAGCAGUGUGAUGGUUGUGAUUUCCGAGCGAAUUCCCACGACGAGCUGAAGCUUCACAUCCAGGACGUUCACACGGUUUUCCUUCAGCCGGCCGACGUGGGGACCGAAUCCCCUCAGCGAUCCCAAUCCUUAACCUCCCUCAGUCACGCGGAGGAGGAGGAGGACGGUCCCGGCACUAAGAAAUGUAAAGCGACCAAAGGUUGUAACUCCUUCAGCUCGAACUCUCCUCGUUUCUCCAGUUCAGGCCAAACUGUUCACAGUCCGAGAUCCAACCAGUCCGUCAAGUCCUCAACUCCGUUCUUUCAGUGCAGGUACUGCGUCCGCUACUUCAGAUCCAAAGCCCUUCUGGACGAUCACACCAGGAAACUCCACAGCGUCUCGGUGGACGGAGUUCCUAAUUCGUUUAACGCUUCCAGAGUAAACAUCGCGGUGCGGAAUGCCGUGGAUAAAAUGUACUCGUGCCAGUACUGUUCCUAUAAAUCUCCUCGCCGAGGGAGGCUCCUGAAACACCAGCGCUCGCAUCAUAAAGACAGCUUUCCAACACAGUCCGGUCCUCUGGUCGACCCUGGAACGGAGGUUCUGAAUGCCAGCGCGGCCGCUUUAUCCCCCGUGGGAUUGCCAGAACUUAUGGAUCGCAAGGUUUUGGAGUCGAUGGUCACACCGCGACACAGAGGCGGGUUCAGCUGCGAGUGGUGUGGCUUUCAAACCCUGCAGAGGCAACAGUUGUGUGAUCACAUGGUGAAGAAGCAUCGAAACAUGGUGAAAAUCAUGGUGUCACUGCAGAAACCGAAAGCAGACGGAAGUGGUGGAUCCUCCAAAUCUGAUUCCCAGAGGAGCACGCCCACGUCCAGCUUGGUGGCGACGGAUUUGAGUGGUAAUGAAGGUUCCUCCAGAAAGGGCACCUCCGUGAGGUCAACAUCAGGUUCCUCAAGUUUCCAGUAUUCCCACGUCACUGGAAAGAUUCCCAACAGUACAGGAACGUCCUUACUAUCCAAGAGAUUUCUGUCCGACUCCAGUUUAGGUUUUGAUUCCAGUGUGAAUAAUUCUCGGAGCAGUUCAGACGGUGAGCUCUGUGACACAGAAGAUCUGACCUACAGUGACCAGCUGGCUGGUGAUGAUUCAUCUAAGCUGCUCCUGACGGAGGAGGAUAACAAACUGCUGGAGGUGGAAGGGAUUCCAAUCCGAAAGCAUCUUAACAUGUUCCAGUGUCCCUUCUGCUCUUUCCUGGCUAAGCACCGUCGCAGUGUCUCUCGGCAUAUAGAGAACGUCCACUUGUCCAGCAAGACCACGUUGUGCAAGUGUAACGAGUGUCCGUUUGUUUGUACCAGUCCAACCAAACUUGCCAACCACAAGCAGUCCCACAGGGGUUCAUCUUCUGAACUGGAAGUCAUGGACCUAACCAGUGAAGGUCCAGACGGCCAUGUUGAAGAUUCUGCUGAAUUGAUGAUUAACGGGAAGAAACCGUUCGUAGCAGACGAGGAGCAGAACGUUCAUCACUGUUCAAUGUGUAACUUCACCUCAACCAGUCUGAAAGGCCUGAGAGUCCAUCAGCAAAACAAGCACUCCUACUGUGAUGGCAUGCAAGCCACGGGUCAAGACGACUCCCUCAACGGGCAGCAGGACUCGGAAUCCGAAGCGUACAACUUAUCAACGUUUGUGCAGAAAACUCAAACUUCCAUCCUUGGUCUCUCCUCCAGAAAGCACCUCAUCAGCAAGACGGCGAGAAAGUCUAUAAACGACCUCCCUCUGGACCUGUCUCCACUCAAGAAGCGAACCAGAAUCGAUGAGAUUGCCAGUAACCUUCAGAGCAAGAUCAGUCAGAGCCAGCAGCACGACGACGUGAUCAAUCUUGAAGACAUGGACUACGAGGAUGAUGAAAAUGAAAACGACAUGGAGACCAGCGCUGAGAAUUCUGAAAUACAAAGCCAAAGGUUCACCUACAACACGCAGCAUCUGUACAUCCGGAAACAUGGAUCUGUCCAGGCGGGGGUCGCGAAAAGGAAACGUAGUCUACAAACAUCCAGAAACGUUUCUGUUCCGCUGACGGUUUUUGAUGACGAGGACAAUUUUGAUGGCUCGUUAGAACCUAAAGAUCAAAGCAAUCAGGACAUGGAUGAGGUUUAUCAGGAGAACAUGGACUACAGCGCAGAACCUGGGAGCCUGUUUUACUGCAAACACUGUGAGUACCAAAACAAGUCCGCCCGCAGCGUUAGCACUCACUACCAGCGCAUGCACCCGUACAUCAAGUUCAGCUUUAAAUACAUUCUUGAUCCCGAGGAUCAGAGCGCAGUCUUCCGUUGUCUGGAAUGUUUUGUUGAAUACAAUAACUUCAGUGACUUGCACCAGCACUACAUGGACCACCAUCCAGAAGCGAGCAACGUUCUCAACUUCAACCAGCCGGAUUUGGUCUACACGUGCCGCUUCUGCUCGUACACCAGCCCCAACGUCAGAAGCCUGAUGCCCCAUUACCAAAGAAUGCACCCGUCUGUGAAAAUCAACAACGCCAUGAUCUUCUCCAGCUACGUCGUGGAUCAGCCGCAGAAAGAAAUCACUGAAUCACAAACUCUCAGAGAAAUCCUGAACUCUGGACCAAAGAGCUUCUCUGUGUCAAGGUCUUCAUCCAAUCCUGCCUUAAAGAACCUGUGUAGAACUCCUGAGUCGAGUCUGGACUCUGAAUCCUUUAAGGAAGCCCUUGAUGGUAACGUUGUUGUCUAUGACUGUGACGUGUGCUCCUUCGCCAGCCCUAAUAUGCACUCGGUUCUGGUGCAUUACCAAAAAAAACACCCCGAGCAAAAAGCCUCAUAUUUUCGGAUUCAAAAAACGAUGCGGGUCGUAUCGGCAGAUCGAGUCAAUUUAUCAACCAGCUCGACAUACAGCCUCUCCAGUACUCCAAAAUCUGCAGGUACGGCCUUGCAUCUGCCUCUGAAUGAUGAGGUUUACUACUGCAAGCACUGCGUCUACAGCAACCGGUCAGUCGUUGGGGUUCUUGUCCAUUAUCAGAAACGCCACCCGGAGAUAAAGGUCACAGCUAAGUACAUAAAGCAUGCACCUCCUACACCAGGCUUGAUGAAGCUCAUGGAGGAGUUGCAGAUUGCUCCACCUAAACAGUUCCUCAAACAGUUCAGCAAUAAUGCCACCGAUGGAUCCAGUAAUUCGUAUCCAAAAGGAAUUGUGGAUAAGAACCAUGGUGAGAUGCUGUACUUCUGUCAGCACUGUGACUAUGGGAAUCGCACCGUUAAAGGCGUCUUGAUCCAUUACCAGAAGAAGCACAAAGAAGCCAAAGCCAACGCAGAUUUGGUCCGGAGACACACCGCUGUAGUCCGGAGUCAAAGAGAACGUGCUCAGAUGACCCAGACUGGAAGUUCGACGUCCACCGCAACCUCAGCCACUGAUGCUGAAACGCCUAGACCACUCAGAGCAUUAAAGUGCAGACAUUGUGUCUUCACAAGUCCGUACGUCUACGCUCUGAAAAAGCAUCUCAAGAAGGAUCAUCCAACCGUGAAGGCCACAGCUAUGACAAUCCUACGCUGGGCAUAUCAAGAUGGCAUCCUGGAGGCUGGCUAUCACUGUGAGUGGUGCAUCUAUUUUCACGCUGAGCCCAGCGGCUUGCUAAUGCAUUACCAAAGACGACACCCAGAGCACAACGUUGACUAUGCCUACAUGGCCAGCAAGCUGUGGGCCGGUCCUGAUACCUCCACUUCCUCCUCAUCAAGACAAGCAGGAAACUCUGAGAUCAAGCAUUACCAGUGCAGAGACUGUGCCUUCGAGGCUUGUUCCGUCUGGGACAUCACCAACCACUACCAAGCGGUUCAUCCCUGGGCCAUCAAAGAUGACGAGUCUGUUCUCAUCAGCAUCAUUAAGGGAAACAGGGCAGCGGAGAAGUCAGUGGAGAAGGGAUGUGCCUCAACGCCCAGCCUGUUCAAUAGCUACCAAUCCGACGAGAGCCUUGUGGAGAUAACCAGGCCAGCACCUGAGCAUCACCCCCAUCUCUCGUUCCCCGGCAGUUCCUCCAUAUCAAACAACGCCUACCAGUGCACAGUGUGUCUCUCUGAAUACAACAGCCUUCACGGACUUCUCACGCACUACGGCAAAAAGCAUCCAGGGAUGAAGGUUAAGGCAGCAGACUUUGCACAGGAUGCGGAUAUCAACCCUAGUUCGGUUUACAAGUGUAGGCACUGCCCGUACGUCAACUCACGCAUCCACGGGGUUCUUACACAUUACCAGAAACGGCAUCCGCUGGUCAAGGUCACAGCUGAGGACUUUGCAGAUGAUAUUGAGGUCCAGGACCAGGCAGCAGACGCGGACGAAAGAUCCAAAACACAGAGGCAGGGGUACGGAGCGUAUAGGUGCAAGCUGUGUGCUUAUUCCCAUGGAACGUUUGAAAAACUGAAGAUCCAUUAUGAGAAAUACCACAACCAGUCCGUAUUGGAUAUACUGGCGUCGACGCACGAGCUCUCCCCAGUGAUGAAGGAGAACUCUUAUACAGAACCUGGUGUUAUCAGUGUGAGCGAUGUUGCUGAAGUUCGUAAGUUCGAUGUCGAUCUGUCAGAAUACACAAAGAGAGAGAAACACACCCUGUUCAAAUGCCAGCUCUGUAAGUACUUCUGCUCCACCAGGAAGGGUAUCGCUCGGCACUACCGCAUCAAGCACAACAACGUACGAGCCCAACCCGAGGGCAAAAACAAUGUGUUCAAAUGUGCCCUCUGCAACUAUACCAACCCCAUCCGCAAAGGCCUGGCAGCUCACUAUCAGAAACGGCAUGACAUCGAUGCAUACUACACCCACUGCCUAGCUGCCUCAAAGACCUUCAACGACAAACCCAGUAAAGUCACCCUGCCUUUGGUAUCUGAGGAGAACGGGCCGGUCAUGAGCGCCGAGCUCAAACAAUCCAUCGAGCAAAGGAAGUGCUCGCUGUGCUCCUUUCAGGCGUUCAGCAGGAAAAGCAUCAUCUCGCACUACGUCAAGCGCCACCCAGGCGUCUUCCCCAAAAAGCAGCCCUCCAGCAAACUUGGGCGAUACUUCACUGUGAUCUACCCCAAAGAAGCAGAAAUGCCAGCUGUGGUGCAGAACGAUGAACCGGUUGAGGUACCAUCAGUUGACAGACGUGAGACGGAAUGGCUGCCGUUAAAGUGUAUGAUGUGCUCAGAGUUCACCUUCACCACGGCAGACCAGCUCGUCACGCAUUACAACAACGUCCACAGCAGUGAGCUACGGCGCGACUUCGUGACCAUACAGAGCCCGGUGGAGACCGACACCGAGCUGUACCAGUGCACUCACUGUGAAAUCAAGUUCCUCACCCUUCCUGAGCUCAGCAACCAUUUAUUCCAGCACAACGAGGACUUUGAGAAAUGGGCAGUGCAGCGAGGAUGGAGGAGGAAGGUCUACAGCAGGCAGGACAUCACACCAGAAAACAAGAUGAAGGGUUCGACUGAUAAAACCCCGAUCGGGUACAGGUGUAACUUCUGCGAUGAGCUGCACCCGACUCUCCGAGCGAUCUGCAACCAUCUGAGGAAACACGUCCAGUACAAGGAGAAUAAAAAAGCUUGUGUGAAGGGGCAGGAAGUGGUGGAAGUUCCUGGAAACGUCAUCACUAACGGCAGCGUGGAGGAAACGGUCAUUACAGACACCGUCACCACAGAGACCGGAGGACCGACGGAGGACAGCGCAUCAGCCACUCGAGUACCGGGUGUCCUGAGUACAGAUGAGACGGCGGAGGACGUGAGGUUGGCGCAGCACCAGUGUAACAUGUGUGAUCGGGUUUUCAUGUCCAUGCAGGGACUGAGAUCUCAUGAGCGGAGUCACUUCGCCGCCGCCUACAUCAGCAAACAGGAUAAAUACAGCUGCCAGUACUGCCAGUUCCAGUCCGCCUUCAGACACAAUUUGGAUCGACACGUUCAGUCUCAUCAUGGACAACACAAACCGUUCCGCUGUAAACUCUGUCCCUUCAAAUCCUCCUACCUGAGCCGCCUGAAGAGUCACCUGCACAAAUCCCACGCUGGUGAAAACACGUAUAAGUGCAUCUCCUGCUCCUUCUCCACCAUGACCAUCAGUCAGCUGAAGGAACACUCGCUGAGAGAACACGGAGAAACCCUCACGCUGACCCGCCUCAGAGCUGGAACCACCCUGCGCUCCACCCACUCCACCAACCACCACGCCCUGACACACCCCGCCUCCCACAUCAGCACUCAACAAACCACAGACACCAGUGGCACCCACGGCGAGUAUCUGGAGCCGCCCGACGUUCAGCAGCAGUUGAAUCAUUACCAGUUGGCGUCUCGUAACCUGGCCCCGCCCGCCCUUCAUUCUGGUUCACCUGACCCUUCUGCGCCGGGAGAGACGGAGCCGCUCGGUGGCGCCCUGCCCCGCCUCGACUCCGCCCUCAUCUGCGAGUUCUGUGAGUUCACCUCUGGUUACAUGCAGAGUUUGAGGAGGCAUUACCGCGACCGGCACGGCGGCAAGAAACUCUUCAAGUGCAAAGACUGCUCCUUCUUCACCUGCUACAAGUCCACCUUCACUCUGCAUGUAGAAACUGGACACGGUGGUCCAUCAGAACCAGAACCAGUGAGAGAUCUGCGCUGUCCAUUCUGUCUCUAUCACACCAAAUCCAAGAGUCACAUGAUCGACCACGUCCUCCUGCACAGAGAAGAGAGAGUAAUCCCUCUGGAAGUGUCUCGGUCGAAGCUCUCGCGUCACCUGGACGGUUUGAUCUUCCGCUGUCAUAAAUGCACCUUCACGUGUUCCAGCUCUGAGAACCUGCAGCAGCACGUCAGCAAACACGAGGAACCCAAACCGUACGAGUGCUGCCUCUGUUACUACGACAGCAAACAUCAGCAGCAGCUGGAGGAACAUCUCCGCCACGAGCACAAGGUGAUCCGUAACUUUGAGCUGAUGGGUCGAGUGAAUCUGGAUCAGCUCGAUGCUCUGAAUGAAAAAUCCCUCAGUGAAGAGGAGGAGGAGGACCUGGGGGAGGACGAGGAGGAGCAGGAGGAAACUGUAGAUAUAAAGGAGGAAGAAGAACCUGAGGAACCAGGUGGAGAGGAGGAGAAGGAGGAGCUACAAGAGGAAGUGAUGGAAACACAGGAGGAGAAGAAACAGGAAGUGGAGUUGGGAGCUGAGAGUGCAGGUGCGGUGAUGGAAGUUUCUCAGAGCCCUGAAAAACGGUUUCCAUGUGAGUUUUGUGGUCGGACGUUCUUUGUGAGUUUAGAAUGGGAACGUCAUGUUCUCCGCCACGGCAUGGCUGUUAACAGUAUUGUGAGAGCAAACAGUCCUGUUGCCAUGGUUACAGUGACAGACAGACUCACCGACCAAUCAGCCAACACUACAGGGGCGGAGAGAGAGCAUCAAUCCAGCCAAUCAGAGAGCUCGAUUCAUAUCAAGGACGACUAGGAAACCAAAAAGGAGGUGAAGGAUUGGAGACGGACUGAUUAUAAACGUGAGAACAAAACAGAAUGGUGAGAAGGUUCUUCUGAAGCUGUUCUGGUGAGAAGGUUCUCCUGAAGCUGUUCUGGUGAGAAGGUUCUCCUGAAGCUGUUCUGGUGAGAAGGUUCUUCUGAAGCUGUUCUGGUGAGAAGGUUCUCCUGAAGCUGUUCUGGUGAGAAGGUUCUCCUGAAGCUGUUCUGGUGAGAAGGUUCUCCUGAAGCUGUUCUGGUGAGAAGGUUCUCCUGAAGCCGUGUUAGGUUGUGAGUUUUGGGUGUUGUAGGUUGUUGUGUUCCACGCUCGCUGUGUUUAAUCGCUGAUCCUUUAAACUGUGUGAUUGGUCCCAUAGGACAGAAACUAAUAAUAAUAUUGGUAACCAAUAGUGAGGAAGCGGUUAUGACGGCGUUCAGGUCACAUUCACACUUCCUGCUUUUAUUUUCAUCCUGCUGCAGUUUGUCCAGCUCUGAAAUUCUGUGGUUUUAAGUAAAUAUGAGUCGAUAUUUCAUCUUUUAUACAAUUUGAUAUUAAAGUCAUUUGCUGGAUGAAUUAAUUAUUAAUAUUUGAUGUUCUAGAAUAUUCAGUUCUACAGAAUAUCAGUUUCUAAAAUAAUCAGAACCAAUAAUAACAAAAACCUACAAAUAAAUAAAAAUAGCAUUACAUUUAAAUUAAAGAUGAUUUAUUAUAUCAGA